UGCAUCGGGUUUGUAUGUCAGUAAUCACUUCGUAAGUUUGACAUAUUGCAAUUCGAACAUGAUAGGUGUUUGUAGUUAUAUUUUGUCAAAAUUGCUUAGUAAAAAAUAAAAACUUUGGGAAAAAAAUAAGAACAAAAUUAAUGAGUGUGGUUAUUAAUUAAUUGUUUAAUUAAGUUAUGGAAACUAGUGAAAAUUAUAAGUCAAUAUAAAUUAUAAUUAAUGUGAGCAAAAAUAGAGGGUGUCAACCAAAUAAAAAGCAAGCGUUAAGGAAGUUCACCACGCACCCAACAUAGUGUGGUUAAAUCAAUACCAUUUAGAAUUUCGCUGUUUAUCGAUUUUCUGAUAAGAAUUUUUCGAAUAACAUCUUUUCAAUUGGAAAAUUCGGAACAAAAUUAAUUGAAAAGGGCACAAAAUAAAUAAUUAAAAUGAAUUUAGAUUUUGCGAAAGUCUGUGGUAAACACAGUAUGAUAUAUGAAGCAUAUUAUAAACAGAUUGACCCAAAAGGGUCAGGAGCAAUUGAGGCGAUGACUGCAGCGAAAUUUUUAAAAAAGUCUGGUCUUAGCGAUGUAGUGUUGAGUCGAGUAUGGGAUUUAUCAGAUCCGAAUGGAAAAGGUUUUUUAGACAAACCUGGAUUUUUUGUAGCACUGAAAUUAGUAUCCUUGGCACAAAGUGGACAAGUGAUCAAUAUGAGCAAUAUUUAUAUGGACACAACAAAUCCACCAAAAGUGGGUGAUCUACCGAAAAUCAUGCCGCCUCGCAUACAAACAGUGCCCGUUUCUAGUGGCGGAGUAGCGAACGGUGACUGGUCGAUAAGUGUCAUUGACCGCUUGAAAUACGAGCAACUUUUCGAAUCACUGAAACCAGUAAAUGGUAUGCUGCCUGGAAAUAAAGUUAAAGGAGUUUUAAUGGAUUCAAAAUUACCAAUGGACACAUUAGGCAAGAUAUGGGAUCUUGCAGAUCAGGAUAAAGAUGGCAAUUUAGACAAACAUGAGUUCAUUGUAGCAAUGCAUCUCAUUUAUCAAACUUUGGAUAAACGUACAGUGCCUGAUAUGUUACCACGAGAAUUACGUAAACCUGCUGGUGGUGGAGUGCCGCCACCAAAACCAGCACCACCAGCGAAUGCAGCGGUACCUCGUGCACCUAGCGGUGAAGGAUUUGGUGAUGGUGGUUUCGUUGCUAAUUUUCCAAAAGAUAUUGCACCACCACCAGCAAUACCAACAAUACCAGCUGCCAUACCACCAAUGACACGUGUUCCGCCAGUCGGUGGCCCUCAGCCACUAAUAUCAACAGAUCCUUUAAUACCUAUUGGCGCACCGCCAUCAGUAACUGCCAAUGUGGAUUGGGUUGUAACACCAAGUGAACUAAAACGAUACGAAGUUAUGUUUCGAGAUUCGGAUCGUGAUAAAGAUGGACUUGUUUCUGGCAUUGAAGUGAAGAACAUAUUUCUGCAGUCUGGGGUACCACAAAAUUUAUUAGCGCAUAUAUGGGCUCUUUGUGAUACAAAUGUCUCUGGCAAGCUAACAUUAGAACAGUUUGGCUUAGCAAUGUGGAUGGUGGAACGUAAACAGAAUGGUAUAGAUCCUCCACAAGUUUUGACAGCAGCUAUGGUGCCACCAUCUAUGCGUGCAAUUGUGUCUGGUGUUGAUGUACAACCACAGUUGGAGCCUAAACCUACAUAUACCAAUCCCGAACUGGAAAUGAUAUCCAAAGAAAUCGAAGAGUUAGCAAAAGAACGUCACGCACUCGAAACAGAAACUGCACAAAAAGAGGCGGAUAUACGUAUAAAAUCCGGCGAAGUGCGCAGUUUACAGAGCGAGUUAGACACUUUAACUGCAACAUUAAAACAAUUAGAAAAUCAGCGUGGUGAGGCACAAAAGCGUUUGGAUGAUCUUAAAGCGCAAAGUGUUGAAAAUCAAGCUGAAAAGGUUAAUUUGAAUUCAAAUAUAACUGAUGUGCUUUAUCAGGAAAAACAAAAACUCAAAAUUGUUAAUAAAAUACGUGAACAAUGUCAGAAACAAGAAGAGACCAUAAAUGAACAGGAAGGUGAACUAAAUUCGAAGCGCUCAGAAUUACAAAAACUGAAGGAUGAAGAAACGGCACUACAAAAGGAAUAUGAUGAGAAAAAUCGGGAACUACAAAAAAUUUCCAAGCACUUGCAGGAUACGCAAUUACAAAUAAGUUCGGUGCGCUCUGUUGUAACAGAGCUAUUAGAGAUACAGCGACAAAUGACGGAUGCUUUAUUGAUGUGUCGUGCAGCUAUUGAAAAUCAAGAAGCUGAGUUAGUAACUGAGUAUCAAUUAAAAAUUGAACCAGACUUUGAUGAUGCGAAAAGAACUUUGGAGAAAAAGAUUGAAGAACCAAAAUCUGAUCCUUUCGAUGAUAAUAAAACAUCUACUAAUACUAAUAUAAAUAAUACUGGUUUCGUUAGUAAUGGUUUCGAAAAUGAUCCAUUCGCUGGUACAAAUGUUACUAACCCUAUACGAACUGGUUUUGAUGAUAGUUUUAGUGCCACAACUGGAUUUGAUAGUGGUUUUGAUGCUUUUGGCAGUAAUGUGGGUUCAUUUGGACAGCAAUCAGAUCCAUUUGGUGGUGAUGCAUUUGGUGCUAAUAAAACAAAUACAGCAAUAACCCCAGAGCCGGGAAAGGAUGAUUUUGGUAGCGAUCCAUUUGCGGCUUUACAUGCACCUACUGGUCAAGGACAAGUCCUAAGUCCAAAUACACAAAAAUCAGGACCACCACCAAGACCAGAGUCACCAAGUCCAGCCUUGCCACCUAAAAAAUCAAAAGUACCACCACCGCGACCAGCACCGCCUCGUCCAGUACAGGGACCAGUACGUACAACUCAACCUACUAUGGAUGCAUUCGGUUCAACUUCGACAAGUGGGGGAUUUGCUGAUUUUGACGAUUUCGACAAUAAGAUAUCAAGCAUUCCAUCAACACAAACAAAUUCUUCAAAUUUAUCAAAUGCAUUUUUGACAUCCAAGACGACGACCACGCUUAGCAAAGAUUUUGCAUUUUUUGAAAACAAUACCACAAACACAUUUUUAAGUUCCACAUCAUCACCACUGACAUUUGAAAGCAAUUCUGACACAUUAACAACAAAUGCAAUUUCCAAUAACCCAACAAAGCGUGCCAUAACACCACUGCAGCUGGCUGCAAGCGAUUUCCCAACAAUAACAGGCUCAACGAAUACUCUAAAUGCAAAGAAAAAUGAUGGUGCUACUGCUGUGACUGCUGUCAUAACAGGACCUACGGAUUUCAAGGAUGAUCCUUUCAAAGAUUAUCGAUACGAAGAUCCUUUCAAUAUAAAGGAUCCGUUCGAUGAUCAGGAGAAUAAUGAACUGAACUGUGAAAAUACUGAUAAACUGUUUAAGGAUGACUUGAGCUCAGACGAUGAUGAAAUUAAAACUAACACCUCGAAUAAUCACCUAGAACCAAAUAUUUCAAAUGCUAAAAGGUAUUCACCACUCAAUGAUAUAGCAUCGAAAGUGAAUGCCUUUAGUAUGAAUAGUAGUCCAGAACCCACAAAUAACAAUACACUCGGAUCAAAUUUGGUUACAAAUCUGAACGUUAGGAGUAGUAGUACAAAUGUAUGCACUACCGGAGAAAGCAGUCCACUCAGUGAUAAUGCGAAAUCCCAACGCAGUACACCUGCACCAGUUGUUACCAGUAGCAGUGAUGCUUUUGAUAAUUUUGCAGAUUUCGAUGCUUUUGCCGCGAACUCAACAAUGAAAAAUAGCAACGAUAAAUAUGCACCAUUAAAUACUAUUGUUAGUGGAACGAACAACAAUAGUAAUAAUAUGGAUAGUAUCGAUUUUAAUGAUCCUUUCUUUAGUACAUUUAAUACCAAAACAGCUGAUGCUAGUACAAAAAUGAAAAGUUCUAAUAAAUUCGUAGAUCCGUUUGGUGAUGUAAAUGCAAGUGCUUUUGAGUGUGCGAAAAACAUAGGUAGUCCGUUCGAUCCAUUUUCAAUAAAUUCUAAUAAAGAUAUAAACAUAUCAUCAGAAAACACUGAUAGUAAAAUCAUAAAUAAAACUACUGCAAAAUCUCCUGUCACAAUAUUUGAUGAUUUCAAUAAAAAUUUAUUUGAAGAUGACUUUUCAAAAAUUAAAAAUACAAAGGAUGAUAAACUCAAUUUUAAUUUCGAUCAUUUAAAUACAAAUAAUAAUGAUAUUAUCAAUCAAACAGCAACAAUAAAUGAUAAUUUUGCUUCUUUCGAUGCUUUUAAUACGGACACAAAAUUUCCAACCUAUUUCGAUAAUGCACUUAAUAACUCCAAAAAUUUCAAAAGUGCUACCACUACACAGGAUUUAGCUAAAGUUGAUCCUAUUAAAGAUCAGUCAUUGUUUAAAUUAACAAAAUUACAAAAUGAAACAACUUUGACUAAGACAUUAAAUACCUCAACAAAAUCUAAUAUAAUCGACGGGAAUGGUGCUAAAUUACCUGAUAAAUUUGCAUCCGAUUAUUCAAAGCCGGAGACAUUCCAUGAUGAUUUGGAAGAGGCAUUGAAACGUAGUAUGUUAGAUCAAUAGUAAAGCUAUAUUUAAUAACAAAAGUAACAAUAUAUUUUCUAAUAGCUAUUUCAUUAAACUAUCUAUUAAAAUAAUCAAAACAGAUAAUAUUAAUAAGUAAAGUGUCCAGCAGUGCUUUAUAUCACAAAAUGUAUUCUACGCAUAUUAAUAUAUAUAUAUUUUUGUAAAGUUAUUAAUUCCCUCUAUGUGAUAAUGUGUUAGUAAUUUAU